GGGGCAGGGGCAGGGGCAGGGACGGGCCAUGGGGCAGUAGGUGCCAGCAGAUGGCUCCGGGAAGCGGGAUCGGGAGCUGGGAGAAGGUUGAGUAGAGUGGGAGCAACAGAGAGCACAUCCCACCAUGUCCUUCGCGGCGCUGCUGGCCCGCCUGGGUGGGAUGGGCCGCUUCCAGGUGACCUAUGUGGCAGCCUUGGCCGUGCCGCUGAUCAUGUUGGCCAGUCACAACCUGCUGCAGAACUUCACCGCGGGCGUCCCCGAGCACCACUGCCGCCCGCGGGCCACCGGCGCCACCGCGGACAUCCCGCUCCUCGUCUCCAUCCCCACCGACGGCCACCAGCAGCCCCAGCGCUGCCGCCGCUACGUGGAGCUCCAGUGGCACCUCCUGGAGGCCAACGCCACGGCCAACGGCAGCACCGCGGCCACCGAGCCCUGUCGCGACGGCUGGACCUAUCGCGAUGGUGCCUUCGCUCACACCAUUGUGACUGAGUGGGACCUGGUGUGUGAGUCCAAGACCUUGAAGCAAAUGGCUCAAUCCAUCUACAUGGCUGGGAUCCUCCUGGGCUCCGGCCUCUUUGGGAUCCUCUCCGAUAAGCAUGGAGUGGAUCCCAACGGAGGCGCGGGCCGUGGUGGGCACCAUCAACGGCUACAGCUACACGCUGGGGCAGUUCCUGCUGGCGGGGAUGGCCUUCGGAAUCCCGCACUGGCGCUGGCUGCAGCUCACUGUGUCCCUGCCCUUCGGCCUCUUCUUCCUCUACUCCUGGCUGCUGCCGGAGUCGGCGCGGUGGCAGCUCAGUGCGGGGCGGCCCCACCAGGCCCUGGCUGGGCUGCGCCGGGUCGCGCGCAUCAACGGCCGGAAGCACGAGGGCGACCAACUGGAUCUGGAGGCGCUGCAGGCUCUGGCGCUCCAGGAGCCGCCAGUGCCAGGGGGAGCCGUGGCCACGCUGUUCCGGACACCUGGAAUGAGGAUGGUGUCCUGUGGAGUCUCCUUUGUCUGGUUCUCCACCAGCUUUGCCUACUACGGGCUGGCCAUGGACCUGCAGGGCUUUGGGGUGAACGUGUACCUGAGCCAGCUGCUCUUCGGCGCCGUGGACAUCCCGGCCAAGCUGAUCUCGGUGUUGGUCAUCGGUGGCCUCGGCCGAAAGGUGGCCCAAGGCGGCUCCUUGGCGCUCGCUGGGGUCUGCAUCCUGGCCAACAGCGCCGUGCCCAGCGAGCUGCGGGUGCUGCGAAUGGCCUUCGCUGUGCUGGGGAAGGGCUCCUUGGCCGCCUCCUUCAACUGCGCCUACAUCUACACUGGAGAGCUCUUCCCCACCGUCAUCAGGCAGACGGGGCUGGGCCUGGGGGGCACCAUGGCUCGUGUCGGGGGGAUAGUGGCCCCUCUCGUGCGCAUGACGGCCGAUGUGAGCCCGGUGCUGCCCCUGCUCAUCUAUGGGGCUGCCCCCAUCGUGUCGGCCAUGGCCACCCGCUGCCUGCCCGAGACCCGCAGCCUGCCCCUGCCCGAGACCGUGGCGGACGUGGAGACCCGAACCGGACACCUCAAGGACAAGGAGGUCACCGUCCCCCUGAGCAGCACCAGCACCAAGGACAGCGCCUGAGGGGGCCCAGGACGGGCCUUGGGGACCCCGGGUGCAUCAUCCUGCACCCGACGCUAUUUAUUCACCCCAAUAAAACCUCACCCCAACGCUGGUGUUUGACACCAAACGCGGCCCAAGUGGGACCCAGGGGGACCCCAAAACCCCGCCUUGGGUCCCCCCUCCCAGUCCCCCAAGGUCCUGUGUCCCCCCCGAUGGUUCCGGGGCCGGGCUCCAGCUCCAGCCUUUGCCCCAAUUCGGGUGAUUUUGCUGCACAAUAAAAGCUGCAGAAGGGA